GAUUCGCCCGGUUCCGUGGCGAAUCUGCGGGGCCCGGCCCGGGACGGGCCCUCCUGGUGCGCGCGCGCGCGCGCGCGUGGCGAAUCUGCGGGGCCGGCGCGCGGGCGGUGACCGAGCCACAGGUGGUGGAACAUGGCUGGACAAAUAUCAGAGGCUGAUCAGAUCAAGCAGUUCAAGGAGUUUCUUGGCACAUACAAUAAACUUACAGAAAACUGCUUCAUCGAUUGCAUAAAGGAUUUCACUAGCAGAGAUGUGAAACCAGAAGAGAUAACUUGCUCAGAAAACUGCCUGCAGAAGUAUCUGAAGAUGACACAGAGGAUCUCCAUGAGAUUCCAGGAGUACCACAUCCAGCAGAACGAGGCUCUGGCAGCCAAGGCAGGACUGCUCAGCCAACCUCGUUAGAGCAGAGCACUGUGCUCAGACUUAAGCUGUGCCAAGAACACUGGGGGAUUCCUACUGUCAGGAUGUGUGUCCAGCAGCUCAGAGCAGAGCUGUGGGUGCUGCUCAGGCAGUGGGAGCAGAAGGGUUAAACAGGAGCUCAGUCCUGGUGGCCUGGCAGUGGAGUUUAUUUCCACAAGGCAAUGAUGCAGAUAAAACUUCUCCCAGGGCCUGGAGUCUGAAUUUCAGGGGUGGUGGGAGGGCUCACCUGCCUUUUGCUGAGACUGGUUGAGAUGAAUCAAUGUAACUUGGGGAAUACACUUUUUUAUUUAAUUCAAAUAAAAUCAGCUGGAGCCAUGUA